AUGCAGCGAGCCACUUUGGCGUUUGAGAAAGUGCUCGCCAACAACGUGAAAGACGGUCUAUCGACUAUCUUCCGCGAAGAUGCUUGGAUCAGAGACUUUCUCGGUCUCUCAUGGGACUUCAGGACCAUCAACGGCCUCGACGAGAUCGCGACAUUUUUCAAGGAAAAUCAGCCUCGGGCAGGUAUCCGCCAAAUCGUCCCCCGAGAGAAGGGCGCAUUCCAGCCGUCUUUCGGGGACCCUGCGCCUGGUGUUCACUGGGUGGAGAGCAUGUUUGACUUUCAGUCCAGCGUUGGCCGUGGCAAGGGUAUGGUGAGACUGGCGUUGGAGGCGGACGACACCUGGAAAGCCUUCAUGAUCAACUUCACCCUCCUAGAACUGAAGGGGUUCGAGGAAGCGGUGGGAGUCAGCAGGCCUACGGGUCACGUGGAUCCCAAGGGGGGAAACUGGAAGGAGAGGCGCGAACGACAGGUGGAAUUUGUCGAUGAAGACCCUACUGUGUUGGUCAUUGGCGCCGGACAUGCUGGGCUCAAUAUUGGCGUUCGUCUACGGAAUCUUGGCCUCCCGACUCUGCUGGUGGAUCGAAAUGAGCACGUCGGGGACAGCUGGCGCAAGCGAUACAGGACUCUGAUGACCCAUGAUCCGAUUCAGUACUGUCAUCUCCCCUUUAUCCCAUUCCCCGGAAACUGGCCCCAGUUCAUGCCCAAGGACAAGCUUGCAGAUUGGCUAGAGUCUUACGCAAAAAUGAUGGAGCUCAACAUCUGGACCAGCACCAACAUUGAGGAGACAAGCUACAACGAGCAGGAAAAGGCAUGGACCGUCAAGCUUCGACGGGCAGAUGGCACCCUCCGCACCCUCAAGCCUCGUCACAUCGUUCUGGCGACCGGCCAAGCCGGCGAUCCCAUCACGCCCACAUUCCCCGGACAAGGCGACUUCAAGGGUAUAGUAUACCACGGCAGCCAGCACCAAGACGCCUCCUUCGUCAACAAUCUCUCCAGCAAGAAGGUCCUCGUCGUGGGCUCCGGCAACUCGAGCCACGACAUCUGCCAAAACUUUUACGAAGCCGGCGCGGCGCAGGUGACGAUGAUCCAAAGGGGCGGUACCUAUGUCAUUACAGCGAAUAAGGGAAUCUUUGUGAUGCACAAGGGAAUGUACGAGGAGGGCGGGCCCCCAACCGAAGACUGUGACAUCGUUGCGCAGAGCAUCCCGAUCCCCGUGCAAUUCGCGCUGAGCACGCACGGUACCAAGGCCAUCACCGCCGCCGACCAGGAGCUGCUAGACGGUCUGAACAAGGCGGGCUUCAAGCUUGACUUUGGACCUGAUGGAAGCGGUAUCUACCGCAAAUACAUCACUCGCGGCGGAGGCUAUUACAUUGACGUCGGUUGCAGUCAGCUGAUAGUCGACGGGAAGGUCAAGGUCCAUCAUAGCCCUGAGGGCAUCACCGGCUUCACGCCGAAUGGUCUGAAGUUGGCGGACGGUACGACUUUGGAUGCUGACAUUGUUGUGCUGGCGACGGGAUAUGAUGGCAUGAGGUCUAGCACGCGUAAUAUUUUAGGCGACAAGGUGGCGGAUCGAGUCAAGGAGUGUUGGGAUCUUGAUGAGCAAGGCGAGAUCAACUCUAUCUGGAGAAGCAGCGGCCAUCCGCGGUUCUACUACAUGGGUGGGAAUCUCGCCCUGUGUCGCUCUUAUUCGCGGCUCUUAGCCCUACAAAUUAAGGCCGUGGAAGAAGGUAUCCUGGUUUAG